AUGUGGGUUUCAUGGACCGUCUUAUUACGUCCUCAUUUUCAUCUUCGAAUACCCUCCAGUUCUGCGACAAAAUCACCCGUGCUUUUACUAAUUCAAAAAUUUCGUACUCAGUCAUCUCCUAUAUCAAAAACACUAAAUAGACAACGACGAACGAUAAAAGAUCUUGAUCAAACAAAAGUCGUUAAGGUUGAACAAACACAAGAAAAACAUUUAUUUCGAUUGCUCAUUAAACCAACUCUCUUCACUGUUGGGUUUGUAGGCUGUUCAUAUGUGACGUGUGCUUUAUGGCAAUAUGAGAGUAAACGACGACAAAUACGUAAAGUUAAAGAUAAUUGGUUAAAAAAAACGAUUGAUCGUCACAGUAGCAGUAUGUUUGGAAACAUUUGGCGAGAUAUACCAGAAUCAAAGCGUUUAGUUGGCAAGAUAAUUGCGUUAAAUGUGAUUGUAUUUCUUCUAUGGCGCAGGAAAAGUUUGGAACCAUUUCUUCUCAAAUAUUUUACAUCAAGUCCAUUUAAACCAUAUCUCAGUUCAAUGAUUCUAUCAACAUUCAGUCAUUAUAAUGCUUUUCAUUUAUUCUGUAAUAUGUAUGUAUUAUGGUCGUUUAGUGAACCCGUUGUUCAUUUGUUUGGGAAAGAACAAUUUGUUGCUACUUUUUUAUCUGGAGGUAUUAUUAGUACAUUGGCAAGUUAUGUAUUCAAAAUUGUUACCAAAACACCGAAUAUUUCAUUAGGAGCUUCUGGCUCAUUGAUGACAGUAUUAGGCGCUGUAUGCAUGCAAUUUCCAACAGCGCAAUUAUCAAUUAUAUUUCUCCCAUUUUUUACAUUUUCAGCACAAUCUGCAUUGAUGGGAAUGAUCUCAUUGGAUGUUGUUGGUACUGUACUCAGAUGGAAAUUUCUCGAUCAUGCAGCACAUUUGGGAGGUGUAUUAUAUGGGGUGUACGUAUAG